AUGAAGGAAGUAGAACUUAAUGAAAAAAGUAUAAAAAAUGAUUUGCAAGACAAUAACUAAGUUCUAGACUAGUCUGUUAACAGGUCGAUGAACUCUGCUAUUGUACGUAAGUAUGAAGAACUGAGAUAGUCUAUCAAUAUUCGUAAUUCAUAGAACUUUUAUAAAUCAAAUAAAAAUAAUACACAAGCACUUAAAGGCUUUGAAGAGCCUAUUGAUAUUCCUAACCAUGUAAAUUCAUUGGUCAAUUUUGAUGGAUAUUCUUAAAAUACAGAAUACGAUAUGCAUUAAUAAAUUACUGUACAAGAGAAAAAGCCAGCUGUUAGCACUACCGAUAAAAAUGAAAGAUCUAAAGAAGAAUUAGCAGCUAAAGUAGAUCAUAAAAUCUCUCUUAGUGAAUUAAAAAAUAAAUAUAAGACAGAUUUUCAAAAUGGCUUACAAGAAGAUUAAGUAGGUGAACAUUUAGCUUUGUAUGGAGAAAAUAAGCUCACAGAAAAAUAAAAAACACCUGCAUGGGUAGUCAUUCUGAAAGAAUUAACUAACGGUUUUGCUAUCAUGCUUUGGGUAAGUGCGGGGCUUUGCUUCUUAGCAUAUGGUCUAACCCCAGAUGACCCUUCAAAUAUGUAUCUUGCAAUUGUAUUGCUAAUUGUUAUUUUCAUUACAGCUUUUAUUACUUACUAAUAAAAUGCAAAAAGUGAAGCUCUACUAAAUUCUUUUAAAAGCUUCAUACCUUAAAAAUCUACUGUAUUAAGAGAUGGCAAGGUUAAAAAUAUUGAAUCAAUUAAAUUAGUUGUUGGAGAUAUUGUUCUGAUUAAAGCCGGAGAAAAAAUACCUGCUGAUAUCCGUAUAUUAGAAUCUUCUGAAAUGAAAGUAGAUAACUCUGCUCUCACUGGUGAAAGUGAACCUUAGCUCAGAACAGUUGAUUGCUCUCACCCUGAAAACUAUCUUGAAACUUCUAAUAUAGCUUUCUUUGGUACACUUUGUAAAGAAGGUACAGCAAAAGGUAUUGUUAUUUGCACUGGUGACAGAACUACUCUUGGGUAAAUUGCAGAUUUGUCUUCAGGUGAGAAGAAGUCUAAAACUCCUUUACGUACAGAAUUAGAUAGAUUUGUUUACAUGGUUACUAUACUAGGUAUAUUUUUAUGCAUUUUAUUCUUCCUUUUAGCUUACUUAGUUAUUGGGUUCCCAAUAAUGUCAUGCAUUGUCUUUGGUAUUGGUAUCCUAGUCGCAAAUGUUCCAGAAGGUUUAUUAGGUUGUAUUACUAUUUGUCUAGCAAUUACUGCUAAGAAUCUUGCAAAAAAGCAGGUCCUUGUCAAAAACUUAGAAGCUGUCGAAACUCUUGGUUCUACUUCUUGUAUUUGUACUGACAAAACAGGUACUUUGACCUAAAAUGUUAUGACUGUUAAGCAUAUUUGGAUUAAUGAUACUGUAUUUGAAACUCCUUAUCUUUUACAUCUUUAAAAAGGUUAAUAACCUCCUUAUGAUACAAACGACAUAGGCUUCAAAACUCUUUAGUAGGCUGCUAUGAUUUCUAGUGAAGCAGUAUUUGAUUUAUCUAGCUUAUAAGAUUAGACUAAUGUUGAUUAUCUUAAAUGCCCAGUUAUUGGUGAUGCCACCGAAACUGGUUUGAUACGUUUCUAUUAAUAGAUUGACGAUGUCAAUAAAUUUAGAAGUCAAUUUAAAAUUGUCAAAAACUCUGAUGAUACAUAGAGUAGAAUGCCUUUUAGCUCAUAACACAAAUUUGCUCUUACUGUUGUUGAAGAAGAAUCAGAAAACAGCUAUUAUGCAGUUUAUAUGAAAGGUGCUCCUGAAAAAAUUUGGAGUUACUGCUCAACUGUGUAUAGUAAUAACUAACUAAACGAAAUUGACAACUAAUGGUAGUAAAAAUUUAAGUAAGUUAAUUUAUAAUUUGGUAAAGGAGGAGAAAGGGUUUUAGGUUUUGCUAAGCUUGUUCUUCCAGCAACUUAAUUCCCAAAGGGUACUCAAUUCCAUGUCCAAAAUCCUUCUAAAUUUACAUUCUAACUUGCUAGAUUCUAAUUUUGCGGAUUAGUUUCUCUUAUGGAUCCUCCUAAACCAAGAGUUCCUUAUGCUAUCCUUGAGUGCAGAUCUGCAGGUAUUAAGGUUAUUAUGGUUACUGGUGAUUAACCUCCUACUGCUGCUGCCAUUGCAAAAGAAGUUAAUAUAGUUCCACACGAAAUUAUUACUAAUGAAGAUUUGAUGGAAAACGACCAAACUCUUGACUGGUUCACUGCCAGUGAAUAGUGUGAAGCUAUUAUUGUUCAUGGUGAUAGAAUUCUAGAAUCCUUUGAAAAAUCGAUUGAAGAAAAGAGAGAAUCUCCUGAUUUUUAUCUUCGUCAAUGGGUAAAUAAACCAUAUUGUGUUUUCGCUAGAACCACCCCCGCCUAAAAACUCUAAAUUGUAGAGGCCUGUUAGAAGGAAGGCUUUAUUGUCGCAGCAACUGGUGAUGGUGUUAAUGAUUCUCCUGCUAUAAAAAAAGCUGAUAUUGGUGUUUCGAUGAAUCUAUCUGGUAGUGAUGUCACAAAAGAUGCAGCAGAUAUGAUUCUCCUUGAUGAUGAUUUUGCUUCAAUUGUACUUGGUGUUGAAGAAGGUAGAAAAAUUUUUGAUAAUCUAAAAAAAUCAUGUGUUUACUUGCUUACUUCGAAUAUGACUGAAAUUGUUCCAUUCUUAGCAUUUAUCAUUUUGCUACUUCCUGUACCUCUUUCUAGUAUAUAUAUGCUCGUUUUACAAGUUGGUACAGAUAUAUGGCCUGCUAUUUCCCUAGCAUAUGAAGAAGCUGAAUUAGAUGUAAUGACUAGAAAACCUCGUAAAAAAACAGACCAUUUAUGCUCACUUAAAUUAGUUACUAUUGGUUAUUUCUAAAUGGGUUAAUUAGAAAGUGCAGCUGGUUUUGUUGGCUAUUAUAUGAUGUUUAACUAUUUUGGUUUCCCAGUUAGAGAAUUAUUUGGACUAGCUAAUGUUUCUGGAUACACUCCAUUGAAAGAUGAUUUUGAUGUCCAUAAAAAUCCUUUUACAGGCAAUUAAUAAGAUCCUUAUUUCAAUAGCGAAAUAUUAAGAGUUGCAGGAACAUAUGAUUGCAGAUUAGGUAAAAAGGCAGCAAGUUCUAUUAAAAGUGAUAUUAAUUGGUAGAAGUUAACAGAUGGUAACUUCGACUUAAGAAAAUCUCUAUUGAAGUGCAAUGAAUAGACUGGUGAAUGGUUACCAACUGUAAAUUGGAGUGAUUGUGAUGUAAAAUCUAGUAAAACUUGGUCAGAUGUCACAAGUCAAACAGCUUGUUACAGUACUGAAGCAUUAAAGUGGGCAUAAACAGGUUUCUUCUCUUCUGUUGUAACAAGUUAAUGGUCUAAUGUAUUUGCUUGUAAGAGUAGAAAAAUGAGUUUUGUCACUUCUAGUGUUAAUUCAGUAAUGUUUUAAGGUAUUAUUUUUGAAACUGCUCUGCUUUGUUUCUUAUUAUAUGUCCCAGGAGUCCAAGUAGUUUUUGGAAGUAGACCUUAUGAAUUUUGGAUGUUCUGUCAUGGAUUAUUUUUCAGUAUAUCUUUAUUAUUAUGGGAUGAAGUAAGAAAAUUUACAACUAGACGUUUUAAAUGGUUCUUCAAAUUCGCUUAUUGGUGA